AUAUAGGUUUCUGUGGUCCAGGCACACGACUGUUCGCGUUGGUGAGCCCUUGGUGUGACCGCUAUGUCGCACUUGGUCACGAAAACCGUUUCACAUAAGUUUCAAGUGUGCAGCCUUUAUAAGAGAGCCAUUAGAGGGCUAGAAGCAUGGUACACUGAGCGAGACGAGUUCAGGAUGGAGGCAGUGAAAAUGCGCCAGCGGUUCGAGAUGUACCGUCACAUCAAAGACUUGAGAGUAGCCAAAGAGCUUCUUGACCAAGGAGAAGAGGAACUGUUUCAGAAACAACAUCCGUUUCCUUUGCAUUAUCCGCUUGCCCCGCAAGGUGUUGCUUACGGACGAGAGCAGCCUUCACCAGACUGGGUUCUUGACUACUGGCAUCCCCUUGAGAAGGCCCAGUAUCCAGAAUACUUUGCAAAGAGAGAGCUGAGAAAGAAGGAGUAUGUUGAAAACUGGGAGAAGCAGUACGGGAAGCCAACGCAGGAGUCUGGUCACCAUUGAGCACUCACUCGGGACAUAUAGUGCAGACUGAGUAAAAAAUUGUAUAGUAAAUAG